AAUUGUGUCGAUAAGAGUUUAGCUAAAAACGCUCAAAUUACGUCCAGUUUUACGCGAAGUUUGUUUCCACAACAAUAAAAGAUAGUUCGGAGGAGUCGCGCUUCGAUUGUUUGGCGAUUUUGGUUUGGUCAAUUUAUUAGUGGGUGUUAUCUAAAAAGCUGUUAGCUCACUUUACAAGUUUACCGAUUCGAACCAGGGUUUGCCAUAGGUUAGGGUGAAUUUUUCCUUCUCGUGACGGCGUCGACGACGCCUAAUCAACCACGUGCACAAACUUGCCGCUACUGUUUGUGGUACAUUUUCAUGAUUCAUCGAGCAUUUCUUCCGGCAAGAACAACACUGCAGCAACAAGUUUAGUUGUAAUUAAGCAAUCAAGCGCAUCGGAAGCGAAAUUGGUCGCAGAUUAAUUAAAAUCCAUAACGCUCGAAAACGAAUCAAACAAGAAGAAACAGAAAACAAGGUGCCAACUUUUAUCAGUGUGACAAACGGAAAACAGCGGUUUUGGGUGGCAUUUUACCUGCUGGUUGGCGCGCCGCGUGAUAAGCACGAAAUUUCAGCGUUUCGUCGCUGGUCCCAAUUUCGGAAGACUUUGAUAACGCCAUGGUGUGAUUCAUUACGGGGGAAGAUAAAGAAGUGAUAGUACCAGAUUGGGAACGGUGCGAAUAAAAUUGAAAGUGUUUCACGUGACGCUGAGGAGUGCGGAAUCUUAGCUGGGUGGACGCACCACCGCAGACGCUCCAUUUCGUUAGAUGUAAUUUCAACAAAACCAAAGAACCAACCACCAACCAUGGCCAUAACGUCGAAGGUUCCGUACAACCGGCUGGACCAGCUCAACCAGCUACCUCCCAAACCGAUCAUCCUGCGGAUAGUGCUGCCGCUGAUAGUCGCGUUCUUCGUGCUGUUUUGUUUAUUCGGGUAUUUUAGCCCGACGACUUCGGUGGUUUACGUCCACCAGCACAACGAGUACCUGGUGCAGUACCUGAACGAUUCCGACCUGCGGCAGGAGUUGAGAUCCCUCCUCGACUGCAAAUCCGUUGACAGCGGGUACCGGAUCGAAACCUGGGGUAACUUCUGGGUUCUGCGUAACUUUAUCGCUCCUCGGAGGCCUCGGCCGGUGGAGUGCUACGAAACGAUAACGUACACAACCCACGGCGACUACCGCUUCCUGGAGAAUGUGAUUCCGCUGCUGGAGCGGUGGCAGGGGCCGCUCAGUGUGGCCGUGUACGCCCCUGGGGAGGAGUUUGACCGGACGAUACGGGCGUUGCGGGAGUUGCUGUACUGCAGCCGGCAGUCCUACCUGGUCGAGGAGUUCGCGUCCGUGCAUCUGUACUUUGACUUUGACCGGAUGCCGCCGAAGGCGAUCAAACACUACCAAAACCUAAUCCAGCAAAAACUGGCCUGCCCAAACACCACCAACUCCUUCCUGACGGAAAACGCAACCGAGCCCACGCCCCAAAACAACGCAGCUCACUCCUCUUCCAGUUCACGCUCCUCAAACCACACCUACCCGGUCAACGUGGGUCGAAACAUUGCCCGGGACGCCGCCCAGACGCACUUUGUCCUCGCGAGCGACAUUGAGCUGUAUCCGAAUCCGGGCUUCAUCGACAUGUUCCUCCGGAUGGUGGCACAUCCGGUUUAUCGGAGCACGUUGGACCGGCCUGGGGUUUACGUGUUGCCGAUUUUCGAGGUGACGGAUGUGUCACCGGUGCCGGAGGAUAAAGUUGAGUUGCUGGGGAUGCUGAGGAGGGGUGAGGCGAUCAAGUUCCACGAGAAGAUUUGCUCCAGUUGCCACACGGUGCCGAGCUACCGGGACUGGCUCCGGGUUGUGAAGGUGGACCAAACGAUGGACAUUCUGGUGACGGCGAAGCGGGAGGGGGAGUUUGGGCGGUGGGAGCCGAUUUACGUGGGGACGAGGAAAGAUCCUCAGUACGAGGAGCGACUGUGCUGGGAGGGGAAGUUUGACAAAAUGACGCAAGGGUAUCUGAUGUGCGUGCUGGAGUAUGACUUUCACAUUCUGGACAAUGGAUUUUUAGUGCAUCGACCGGGGAUUAAGACCGUGAGCGAAGCGGCCAGGCCGGAACUGGAGCUUAAGCAGCGGAAUUUUGUAGAAAAUGUCAUCUUCCCGGAACUGAUCGGGUUGUAUGGACAGAAGGAAAAGUGCCAAAUGUGAUACUUUGUAAGAAAAAACCAAAUGUCAAUAAAUCUAAUUAUUUAUACCUCUCUAGUCUA